UCCUCAGCCAAUCUGCGCGCAGUGACGCAGCGCAAAGGCUGGAUCGAGUCUUGGCUCCAUCCUCAUAUUUAACACUCCCACCCAGAUGCUACGAGAGGUGCUUUCCGCUUCCGUCCCGCGGGCUCCAGCCGGAGAGUCUCCGUUACCUGCGCUGCUUAGUCGGGACUCGAUGUGACGUUACGCGUUCCGGACCGCCGAGGUGGAUCAGCGCGAACACUACUUUUUUUUUAUUUUUUCGGGAGAAGGGGGAGCGGCGGGGGGGGGGGACUUCCCCGAAAAACAAGCUCUUUCAUAUUUGAAGAGCGUGCGCUUCCCGUACCCGCGUUUCUUUCCGGGACCAAAGUCCCGUCCGGUCCGCGGCUGCGCUUCCAGGAUCGAGGUUGGACGGUGAGACCGAUGCGCGCCCGCGAACCUCUCGGACACGCGCGUCUAACGGAUCGACCCCCCGCGGCCCCCCCGCUCGCGUGCCGCCGUUGCUCUCGGAUCCCACUCACCUGUCCGCCGCCGCCCGGCGUCCCCUCCGAGAGGCCCGCAGGUACGCGGCGCGCAGACGAUGUGGCCCGCGCGGAGCCGCCGCUGGUCCGAGCCGACGCGACGCGCUUCGCCCGGACGCGCGCGGAUCACGUCGCGCUUUUGAGGUCCGCCGGAGCCCGGAAGCGGGACUCGGAUGUUUAAAAGCGCCGAACACUGAACCCUUUCCUCAAGACGGCAAGUGACGACGGCUCCUACGUGUUUAAUGUGUAUUUCGUCCGGUUGGCGUCCAGCGUGAUAAACAUCAUCAGCGAUGUAGUCAGCUUGUUCAUCUGCGUGCUCAUCAUCUGCAGUAAAUACUCCCAUCUGCUCAAACGGGAGACCAUGAAGAUGAUCCUCCUGCGCAAAUUCCGGGUUCUGAUCCUCAUGGUGUUCCUCGUCGCGUGCUCCAUGCACAUCAUGGUCGACUUGUUACCCAAGCUGGAGCGGCGCGGCGGCGGCGGCGGCGGCGGCGGCUGCUCGUGCUCGCACGCGCCCAGCGAGGAGCCCCGCGGCUGGGGGAAGCAGGUCCGGGCCAACAAGCACCCGCUGCGGAUCCUGCAGGACUUCAGCAGCGAGCCCGGCUCCAACGUCUCCUCCCACUCGCUGGAACGGGUCCCGGGGGCCGCCGACCGGGCGCACGCCCCGCGCCGGCUCGAGCACCUGGGGCCGCGCGGGGACCGGAAGCGGCAGAUCGCGCAGGACGCGGCGGCGGCGGCGGCGGCGGCGGACGCGCGGCUCCAGGGCUCGAGGCUGGCGGCUCUCUACGAGCACCCGCUGUACAGACGCUCCCUGCCGCCUCUGACGGACGAGGACACGCUGUUCAACGUCAACGCGGACAUCCGGUUCGACCCCAAAGCCGCGGAGGAGCGCGCCUGGACGAACCAAGGCACCGCGGAGGAGGUGAGCCCGGCGGGGGGGCCGGCGGACGAGUCCUACCCCAACUGGCUCCGCUUCCACAUUGGGAUUAAUCGGUACGAGCUGUACUCCAGACACAACCCGGUCAUCGACGCGCUCCUGAAGGACCUGGUCACCCAGAAGAUCACCAGCGUCGCCAUGAAGUCUGGAGGCACUCAGCUGAAGCUCAUCAUGACCUUCCAGAACUACGGCCAGGCUCUCUUCAAACCCAUGAAGCAAACCCGGGAGCAGGAGACCCCUCCAGACUUCUUCUACUUCUCUGACUUUGAAAGACACAACGCCGAGAUCGCCGCAUUUCACCUGGACAAGGUCCUGGACUUCCGCCGCGUGCCCCCCGUGGCCGGCAGGCUCGUCAACAUGACCAAGGAGAUACGAGACGUCACACAGGACAAGAAGCUCUGGAGGACCUUCUUUAUUUCACCAGCCAACAACGUGUGCUUCUACGGCGAGUGUUCGUACUACUGCUCCACCGAGCACGCCCUGUGCGGGAAACCCGACCAGCUGGAAGGGUCGCUGGCCGCCUUCCUGCCCGACCUGGCCCUCGCCAAGCGCAAGACCUGGAGGAACCCGUGGAGACGCUCCUACCACAAGCGCAAGAAGGCCGAGUGGGAGGUGGACCCGGACUACUGCGAGGAGGUCAAACAGACUCCGCCGUAUGACAGCGGGACGCGGCUGCUGAACGUCAUCGACAUGACCAUCUUGAACUUCCUCAGGGGGAACAUGGACCGCCACCAUUACGAGACAUUCGAGAAGUUUGGAAACGAGACGGUCAUCAUCCACCUGGACAACGGCAGAGGCUUCGGGAAGCACUCCCACGACGAGAUCUCCAUCCUGGUGCCGUUGAGCCAGUGCUGCAGAGUGCGGAAGUCGACCCACUUGCGCCUGCAGCUGCUGGCUAAGGAGGAAUACAAGCUGUCCGUGCUGGUGGCCGAAUCCAUGGCGAGGGACCGCCUUACUCCCGUCCUCAUCCAGCCUCACCUGGACGCCAUGGACCGCCGGCUGCGCCUGGUGCUCAACACGCUGUCAGAAUGCAUUGAGAAGGAGGGCCACAGUUACGUGGUGGAGGACGACCUCCAGGGGCGCCACGGGGCGGACCGCGGCCACAGCGCCCCGCGGCGGAGGUAGGACUGACCCCCCCACCCCUCCCCCCAGGAGGAAGGAGACCCCGUUGUGAAAGCGGCCUCCUGGUGAUCUCCGGACUCCUCGGAGGAUCCACUCGGUGGCGUCUGGUGUCCGGAGGAAGCCCUGCUGGGUCGGACUGGGCCUUUACCUACCUGGACGGAUCUGGGACCCGGGUCACGAACUACACUGAACCACCCCCCCCCCCCCCCCCCCCCCCCCCUCCCAUCACCCUGGAAUCCUUAAAUGAUCCGACCGGGACUCUUAAUGCAGGACGGCGCAGCUCCACCAAAACCGCGAGAGUCGCCAGGAGACGCUUCCUCUCUGUCGCCUUCAGGACCCUUUUGAAUUCAGUGAAUUCUGAGAGACGUGUUACCCCCCCCCCCCCCCCCACAAGCUGAUGUGUUUAUACGUAUUGUUGGUACUGCAAGUGUUUGAGUUGGACAUUCACGGCGAAGGAGGAAGGAGAGGUGGACUUCCUGUUGUCUUAAUUAUCGUUUCAUCGACCCUGUUUUUUUUUUAUUUGAGUUAAUUCAGCCUUUAUCUUCGGGGGAUAAGUGAUCGGAGUGCAGGUUUACUCCCAGUUUCUCUUUCAAUUCGUCCCAUAAAUGUUCCUUGUACCUGAGAGAGUAUUUAUUAGAGCUCAUAUUUAUUGUUUGGAUGAACACUGACGGGUUCCUGUGUCGCAGCGCUGCGCCUCCUCGUUUCGCCCAGCAGGGGGCGAUGUGAGCACGCCGCCGCAGUCGACUCCUGCCUCCACGUUUGUGUGCAUUCCAAGGAUGGAGCCGCUUUAAGUUCCAACGCGUUUACAACAUUCAAUCUUCCUCCUUUCAGUGCGACGGAUAUGAGGUUCGAUACGUCACCAAAAGCCAAACUCUAAAUUAAAUUAUUGUUUCUUUGUAAUAUAUUUGAUGUCCAAAUGUUGCUGUUGUGGAGAGAUUAUUUUUCUUCAGGAUGUAAAUUUCAUUCGUUACCAACAGCAGAUGUAACUGUGGGUUUGGUUAUUAUACUCGGUAGGAACAUUAGUGCCUGUGCAAUGAUAGAAACACUUGAAUGUCUGGUUUCACAGCCGAACGCUUUGACCUACGAGCUGCAGGUGAGAUCCGUGUGUGUGUGUGUGUGUGUGUGUGUGUGUGUGUGUGUGUGGUUCCACGAGGAACCCAAACCCUUAUUAAACAGUCACACUUCGGUGUGCGCGGACGUACGGACCAGUGAACCUUCAUGGUGUCUUCUUAGUGAAAACUUUGUUCUUUUUUUUGAUUUUUUUAUUCAACUGAUGGUUUCUGUGGAUUUCUCUCCAUUUCUUUGCAUCAUGGUAAAAGUGCAAUAAAACAAAAUAAGCAGAAUG